AUGCAAACCGUGUUUAUUACAGGUGCCAGUGGCUACAUCGGCGGGGAUAUCCUCGCGGGAUUGGUUGCAAAACAUCCUGAUCACACUUACCGAUUGCUGGUGCGGAGUGAGCAAAGUCAAAAGCAAAUAUCGGCAGCUUAUCCAUCGGCUAUAAUCGUCCCCGGAGGUCUCGAUGAUUUUGAAUUGAUCAGACGUGAAUCGAGCAACGCGGACAUUAUCAUACACACUGCCGAAGCGGCGGACCAUCUUCCUGCUGCGCAGGCUAUUGCCAAAGGAGCUAUAGAGGGGCAUUCACCCGAUAAGCCGGUCUACUGGCUGCAUACGAGUGGAGCUGGUAUUUUCUCAUCUUUCGAUGAUGAGGACAAGACAUACGGCCAGAGGAGUGAGGUCGUUUGGGACGAUGUGAAAGACAUUCAGAAAAUCGUCUCGUUCCCAGAUCAUGCAAUGCAUCGGGAUGUUGACAAGACUGUCUUCAAUUCAGGCGCUUCGGCCGCUGAUAUCUUGAAAGUGGCAAUCAUAUCUCCGACGACAGUUUAUGGGAGAGGUCGAGGUCCUUGUUCUCAACGCAGCAGGCAAAUAUAUGAGAUGGCCAAGUUCAUUCUUGCGCAGAACAAGAUUCCAAAGAUCGGGACUGGUGAGGCAAUUGGCUCCAACGUUCAUGUGCACAGUGUGACAGCCUUAUUUAUUCGGUUGUUUGAAUCUGCCUUGCAGCGGCGAGAUGAGGAGCUCCUCUGGGGCUCGGAGGCAUAUUACCUCGCUGAAGAAGGGGAGCACUGCUGGGGUGAAGUGGCCGACACUAUCGCAGAAGUGGCUCUCAAGAAGGGCUUUUUGCAAUCCACUCCCACCAAAGUGUUCCUUGACAGGGUAUCCGCAUUCAAACUGGCGGGAUUCGAGGCCACAAGUUGGGGGAACAACAUGCGAUGCCGGGCAAGCAGAGCUCGAUCUCUUCUCCAAUGGCAGCCCGUGGGCAAGGCCCUUGAGGAGGAGCUCUCACAAAUUGUAGAUGGAGAGUAUAAUGAUUUGAAGCGGGGCUCAUAA